AUGUCCGACGUCAAGUCCUUCCGCCAACUCAUCGGCGUCCCCCCAUCCACAGCCUCCGUCUCAGACUCGACACUGAUCAUCAUCGACGCCCAAAACGAAUACGCGUCGGGGCAGCUUAAAGUCGAGAAUGUCGGCCAGAGCCGCAAGGUCAUCGCCGACCUGCUCUCGCGAUACCGCGCAGCCGGGAAACAGAAGAACAUUGUCCAUGUCGUGCACGAGACACCCGCAGGUGCGCCCGUGUUCACCCCGGGUACUGAGCUCGCGGAGGAGUUCCAGGAAUUGACGCCCGGGGCUGGGGAGAAGGUUGUUACGAAGAACUUUCCUAGCUCGUUUGCGAAGACCGAUCUGGAUGCGUAUUUGAAGACGCUUGGGGAUAGCGGGAAGAAGAUUGUUCUUGUGGGGUAUAUGGCGCAUGUUUGUGUGUCUACCACUGCGAGGGCUGGGGCUGAGCUUGGAUAUGAUGUGCUGGUGGCCCAGGAUGGAGUUGGCGAUAGACAUAUUCCUGGUGUUGCGGCGGAUACUCUGGUUUCGGUGGCGCUGAAGGAGGUCGCUGAUGCGUUUGGGACGGUUAUUUCUGCUGCUGAUGUCAACUAG